AUGGCGAGAAGCAAUCUCGCACGCUUAUUCUCCAAAUUGCCCUACUCCUCCCCAUCAAUCCCUGCCGCGUCCCGCGCCAGAUCCGAUCCGGUGGGUAACUCCCUCCGCAGACUCGUGAGCUCGACGACGACGACGACGACGACGACUCAGCAAUCCAAGCCGCGCGAGGAGGAAUCGCCGAGCAAGAAUCCGAAUCCGGAGGCUGAGAACGAGAAGGGAUCGAAGGCGGAAGUAGAAGGAGAAGAGGGUGGUGAAGAUGGCGAGGACGAGCUUGACCUGAACAAAGAUACGGGCGAGAUCGGCGGGCCCAGGGGUCCCGAGCCGACUCGGUACGGCGAUUGGGAGCGGAACGGCCGCUGCUACGAUUUCUGA